AUGGCUGGCAAGAGACCAGGGAAAGAAGAUGCGGUCAACAGGGUGAAGUUGAUUGCCAGGAACACGCUUGAAGGCUUUUUUGAUGACUUGAUGGAAAACAACGUGUUAAAUGGGGAUGAGUUACGAAGAUUAGGGAAAAGAGUGAACCUCAUCGUGAACAGGAGUGAAAACCUGAUUGAAGAUAUCACUGAGAAAACACAAACGGCAGGAAAAAUAUUUAUGGACCAUCUCUUCAACCCAAAGAAACAGCUAAGUUUAAAAUCUCAUCCUGGAAAUGAGGAUGAUGAAUCUGAGAACACUGAGUCAUCUUCUUCUUCAACAGAAUCUGAAGAUGAAAAUGAAGAAAGUAGCAAUGAGGAAAAAGCUGGAUCAGCCCAGGCAUUGUCUCUCCCUCCACCAGAAUCUGGAAGUGAAGAUGAAGAUGAUGAAACUGAGGACAAUGCUGGAUUGUCCCAGGCACCAGUUCUACCUCUGACAGCUCCUCAGGAAACCCAAGUUUCCCAACCCAAUGAUAAGUUGAAGCCUUGUUCUCAUGAUCAUUUCCAUAAACUGAAGACAACAAAGGCAGAUGAGAUAUAUCCUGUGAUGGAGAAGAACGGCCGAACACGCCUGGCCCUCAUCAUCUGCAACAAAGAAUUUGACUGUCUUACUAAUCGAAAUGGUUCUGAAGUUGACCUUUUGGGGAUGCAAGAACUGCUUGAAAACCUUGGAUACUCAGUGGUUGUAGAAGAGAAUCUCACAGCGCUGGAAAUGGAAACAGCACUAAGGCAGUUUGCUGCCCGCCGAGAGCACCGAUCCUCAGACAGCACAUUCCUGGUGUUUAUGUCACAUGGCAACCUGGAUGGAAUCUAUGGGACAAAAUACUCAGAGCAAGAGCCAGAUAUUCUUCGUGAUGACACCAUCUUCCAAAUUUUCAACAACCGUAACUGCCAGAGUCUAAAAGACAAACCCAAGGUCAUCAUUACGCAAGCCUGCUGAGGCCGAGGUGAUGGGAGUGUUUGGGUGACUGACUUGGGAGAAGCCUCUGCAUAUGGAUAUAACCAGCCCUCACAGGGUUACAUCUGGAAUGAUGCUAUUACAAAGACCCAUAUGGAGAAAGACUUCAUUGCUUUCAAAUCUUCCACUCCACAUAAUGUUUCUUGGAGAACUGACACAAAUGGCUCUUUCUUCAUUUCCAAACUUAUCUACUACUUCAAAAAAUACUCUUGCAGUCAUCAUUUGGAGGAGAUUUUUCGAAAGGUUCAACAUUCAUUUGAGACCCCAGGUGUUUGGAUCCAGAUGCCCACAAUUGAGAGAGUAUCCAUGACACGAUAUUUUUACCUCUUCCCUGGGAAUUAAAAUUCAUACAAA